UCUAUCUCCCAAGCUCCCUACGUAACCCCUCGACGGUGUCGCCCCACUUCCUCCGCUUCGCCGUAGGCUGGCUGCCUCUUAACGAUUCCACCGUCUCGACUAGCCUGAGAUCGCGCUUCCGGUGUCCUCCACCGCGAUCCCCGACGGCAGUUUUUGUCCCUCUUGUCGAUUUUCCCCCUCCGUGAGCAGCCCGGUCAAAAUCCUUCCCCGCCAGUAACCAUGUCGGCUGCAACCAGUCCCGUGGAGCAGAAGCUCCCCCAGCGUUCGGCCACCGUCACCAGUUCCAUGACGGGUGUCAGUCGUCGCACUUCCAUGAGUGAUGACGAGGCCAUUCCCGGGUCUGACAGCAAUGAGACUACGAAUCUCCUCCUCGAGCGUCUCCGCGCUUGGAAGCACAUGUGUGGAUACCUGGAAGAGUACGUCUCCGCGACGGCCAAGGUGUCCAAGUCGCAGGCAAAGGAUUUCGAGAAGGUCUUGAAGACUGUGAGCGACCCUCUGCGGGAAGGUCAUCAUUUCUCUCAGACCGCCGGAGGCGUUGCUGGCUGGUUUGAGAACAUUCGGGCCAACACUCAGGGCAUGGUGAACCUGUACCUGGACUCCGAGAAGAACCUGAAGGGAUCUGUGCUUCCGCCCUUGGAGCGUCUGCACAAGGAGAUCAAGGCCAAGUCGAAGGAGCUGCAGAAUGGCGCUGCGAAGGGCGCAAAGGCAGUCGACAAGGCUCGGGGUGUUACUCAGAAGCACAUCGAGCUUCUCGCCCAGAACACGGCCACGCUUGAUGCUGCGUCUCAUAACAAGAUUGACACAGCUCAUGACCCUUACAUCCUGCGUCGUGGUGUCACCCAUCGCCUGAACAAGCAGAUUAUCGAGGAGAACAACAACCGUCAGGAUCUGAUCGCGGUGCAGAACAACUUCCAGCAGUUCGAAGCCCAUGUCCUGCAGACUGUUCAGGGUGCCAUGGAGCAGUUCGUCACUUACAUGGGUGGCCAGCUUGACCGCCACCGUGCUAUGUACACGGACAUGCUGGCCACGGGUCAAAGGGUUCCCCCGGACUUUGAAUGGGUCAACUUCAUGACCAGAAACGACCACAUCCUUGUCAACCCCGAUGCGCCCCCGAGGGCCCUCGCCAACAUCACUUUCCCCAACCAGGACCACCGUGCCACCAAGCCAGUGAUCGAGGGCACCCUGGAGCGGAAGUCCCGCGCCAUGCUCAAGGGCUACAGCAGCGGCUUCUACGUCGUCACUGCCGCUCGUUACCUCCACGAGUUCAAGGACAACGACGAUCUCCGCCGCGACCCGGCACCCGAACUGUCCUUGUACCUGCCUGACUGCGUCAUCGGCGCCAUCGACGGCUCCAAGUUCAGCGUGAAGGGCAAAGACGUGUCGGGCGGCAAGGUCGGAAAUGCGUUCCACACGAACACCGAGCUGAGCUUCAAGGCAGCCAACUCCAACGAGGCCGAGAAAUGGUGGACUGCCAUCAAGGACGCCACCCGCGCUCCGAUCCACACGUCCACCACCACAUCCCCAACAAGCCCUGUCGCUGCCGAAAGCACUCAGCCUCCCGCCUACGCCGAGAAGGAGGCCGCGGCCGCUCCCGCUCCUGCUCAGGAAGCCCAGACCCCGACGUCUCCUGUUGCCGUCUCUCGCACCAACACCAGUACCUCGGGCACUCUCCCUACCGCGUCCGGUGCGGCAGCAACCACUCCCGCAGCGGAGCAAAAGUCCUAGGCGUCUAUCUAGCCUUAAACAUCUCGGAAAUAUCCCUUGCUUGGAUCAGAGGCCCGAGUAUGCUCGCGUUCCGUUCUUGCAUAUCGAUAGCUUACCACCUUCGAUACUUCUCUUGCUUUUCAUCGUCUAUAGUAAUGAAUUUAUCGUCGAGCUUUAUUUCUUCAAUGAAUAUAUGUUUCUGUUCAUCUAAUGAUCACUUUGGAUCUUAAUGUAUUUAAUUGCUCGCUAUGAAGUUUGACAUAGGCCGCUCAUAGUGACUGUUAUUCUGAGGUUCACUUUUUAUACCCUGAUGCUUCU